UGUGAACCUGCCCACAGAAGAAGUUCGUUUGUUGAACAUCGCAUGUGACACAGUUGGACCAAAUCUAAACGCCAAAUCAGAGUUGGAAACUAUUUUUAAUUAAAAUAUAGCUGUGUAACACUGAUCAGAUACAUUUCCUGACUGUGGCAGUAAGUUACACAAGCGAUUAAAUGUGGAGAAACGGGUUUAUUUCGGGCAUCUUAAGGAUAAGAAACCCGAAUGAGCGGCUGAUGUCGAGCACGCGGGGUUUCUUCUAAAGAUAAAUGAGUAUUGGUCAUCAAAUUCUCCAGAUGUUUCUCCUCAUUUAAAGAGAUGCAUGACCAGAACUCAUUGAUCCCUGAAAGGUCAGGGUCAGCUUACCUUUAAGAAAAACGACAGAAAAGGGCUUUGAUAUCUGUCUUCUACUCCUUUUGAACAGCUAAGCCAACAGAUGGAUGACAUCUUGGGGGAUGGAGGGAUCUUGAAGGAGGUCGUUCAGCCUGGAGAGGGUCCACCUAUACCUCAAAAUGCUUCAGUAUUAAUCCAUUACUCUGGUUUCCUGGAGUAUUGUGAUCAUCCUUUUGAAACCACCACUAACAACAGAUACCCCCCUAUGAUGAAGAUGGGGAGAGAUGUGACACUGGCGGGACUGGAGCUGGGUCUGUUGACCAUGAGGAGAGGAGAGUUCUCUCGUUUCCUCCUCCAGCCCCAGUAUGCAUACGGGGAAAUGGGCUGUCCUCCUUUCAUCCCCGCCUCUGCCACGGUUCUUUAUGAGGUUCAGAUCAUCGACUACCUCGACUCAGGACAAGUGGAUGACUUUAUUGCAAUGUGUCCGGAGGAGCAGAACACAGUUACUUUGUCUACACUUCUGGAAGUUGUCAACACGCUACGCAGCUUUGGCAACCGUUGCUUCAACCAGAGCCGAUAUUACAAUGCCAAAGAUCGCUAUAAACAGGCAUUGAUGCUGCUUGGGAACAGGGAAACCCAGUUAGAACCGGAGAAGGAAAAGAUCAAGACAGCUCUGCUUCCUCUCUAUCUGAACCUUUCUCUCACUGAGCUCCGUCUGGACAGCCCUCGCAAAGCACUGAAAUAUGGCAACAAAGCCUUGGAGAUAGACUCUGCCAACACAAAGGCUCUUUUUCGCUGUGGAAAGGCCUACCUGGAGCUGCAGGAGUAUGAGCGCGCUCAAAGUUGCCUCAUAACUGCACAAGCGAAGAAGCCAUUUGACAGCGACAUCAACAACCUCCUAAGGAAAGUGGCAAUAUGCUAUAAAGACAGCUUAGACAAAGAGAAAGUCUUUUGCUCAAGGAUGUUCACAGAGCUAAACGGAGAAUGAAGAUGUCAUCAUGGCUUCAAGAUCCAACUUUUUUUUGUUCCAUUGCUCACAAUGUUGAAAGUUUUUGCUCAUGUUGUGAAGGGGAAUUAUAGAUCAUUUGUUCAUUUCUUUAAAAAAAAAAAAAAAAUUUUCUGUUAUUAAUGUUGCUCAGUGGUUCUUGUUCUGUCCAUGGAUCCUGGCUUUCCUGGAGUUAAACAUUUGCAUGGGUUAUAAUCACUUUUGAGGUUAUGAUGAAUAAUAAAUGUUUCCACAUUUGAA